AUGAGCUCCUUCGACCUCUCGGCGCCCUCGCCACCCCGCUGCAGCCCCCAGUUCCCCAGCAUCGGCCAGGAGCCCCCCGAGAUGAACCUGUACUAUGAGAAUUUCUUCCACCCACAGGGCGUGCCCAGCCCUCAGCGGCCCCCCUCCUUCGAGGGGGGUGGCGAGUACGGGGCCGCCCCCAACCCCUACCUCUGGCUCAACGGGCCGGCCAUGACCCCGCCGCCCUACCUGCCGGGCACCAACACCGGCCCCUUCCUGCCCCAGGCCUACGGCAUGCAGAGGCAGCUGCUCUCCAGCAUGUCCGGGCUGGGGGGCAGCGACCUGGGCUGGCUGCCCAUCCCCUCGCAGGAGGAGCUCAUGAAGCUGGUGCGGCCCCCCUACUCCUACUCGGCUCUCAUCGCCAUGGCCAUCCACGGCGCGCCCGACAAGCGCCUCACGCUCAGCCAGAUCUACCAGUACGUGGCCGACAACUUCCCCUUCUACAACAAGAGCAAGGCCGGCUGGCAGAACUCCAUCCGCCACAACCUGUCGCUCAAUGACUGCUUCAAGAAGGUACCGCGAGACGAGGACGACCCUGGCAAAGGGAAUUACUGGACCCUCGACCCCAACUGCGAGAAGAUGUUCGACAACGGAAAUUUCCGCAGGAAGAGGAAGAGAAAAUCGGACGCUUCCUCCAGCACAGGCUCCUUGGCCUCGGAGAAAACCGACAACAGUCUGCUGGCAGGCAGUCCCAAGAGCACAGAGCCCCAGGACAUCCUGGACAGCGUCUCCACGGGAGCUCCCGGCUCCCCAGAGAAGGGGCCCUCCCCGCCCCCCUCGAGCACCCCGUGCCUCAGCAGCUUCCUGUCCACCAUGACAGCCUACGUCAGCAGUCCCAGCCCCCUGGGCCGCCCCGGGGCCACGCCAGGACUGAGCCUGGAGCCCACUGACAAGAUGGGGCCGAACCCACUGAGCUUCAACUCCUACACCCCACUCAGCAACCACGGGGGCGGGGGCGAGUGGGGCAACCCCGGGCCCCCCAGUGCCCUCGGCUACGGGGGCUCUGUCCUCAACCAGUUCAGCCCCCACUUCUACAACAGCAUCAACACCAACAGUGUCCUCUACCCCCGGGAGGGCACCGAAGUAUAG